AUGACUGUUGCCCGUGUGGGUGGCCAAGAGGACGGAGGCCAUGAGGGCUGUGCACCAGGUUUCCAGGUCAAACACUACCAGGUGGCGUUCAGUGGAGCUUUCCAGAAAGGACAGGCGCUUAUACAAGUCGAGUUUGAUGACUGUGCGGGGAACGAGGACGUGACGUUUGAGGUGUCGGACCCCGGCUUCUACGUGGACGAAGAUUUGAAUCUGGUGCCUCAACGAGAUGUCCUGCACAGCCGGCCAGUCCUGUUCAUCCACGGCCUCAGUGCACACGCAGAUGACAUGGCACAGGUGGAAGUCACUGGACUGACGCUUCAGUCGACGCACACUCUCAGGGAUAUCCUGGGUGUUGGCCAGACGCUGCCAUUCAGAUCAAAGAGAUCCCUGCUGAUCCCUCCUAUGAUCGUAACCGAGAACCAGAGAGCUCCCUUCCCCAGGAAAAUUGGCAGGUCUCAUGUGAUUUCAACAGAGAGGUCGGGGAACCAUAUUUUCCGUCUGACAGGCCCCGGUGCUGACCAAUAUCCCAAAGGUCUCUUCACCAUUGACAUCGACACAGGAGAUGUGUCAGUCAGCCGCUCACUGGACCGGGAAGCCAUUGAAUCUUACCAGCUGGAAGUUUCAACCACAGACUUGGCUGGAAACCUUGCUGAGGGACCGGCGAUUCUAGUGAUCACUGUCAUUGACCAAAAUGACAACCGGCCCAUCUUCAAAGAGAGGCGCUACACUGGAGAGGUGCUCGAGGGAUCCCCUAAAGGUACCACGGUGAUGACGAUGUCGGCGCUCGACGCAGACGACCCCGGCACGGACAACGCAGCGCUGCGCUACAACAUCGUCAGGCAGUCGCCGGACAAGCCGUCUCCGAACAUGUUCUACAUCGACGCGGAAAGAGGAGACAUUGUCACCGUCAUCUCCCACAAGUUACUUGACAGAGAGACACUACCGACCACAACAUAUGAGUUGGAGAUCGUGGCCAAGGACAUGGCAGGAAGUGAGGUGGGCCUAACAGGAACAGCCACGGCUACCAUUACCAUCACAGACAAGAACGACCAUGCCCCUGAGUUCACACAUCCGCUGUUCGAGGCGUACGUGGACGAGGGCUCUACGGGAGUGGUGGUCAACCUGACAGUCGACGACAGGGACGACCCAGACACGGGGGCGUGGAGAGCGAUCUACUCUAUAAUUAACGGUGAUCCCACACUGAGCUUUGACAUCCAAACCAACCCAGACAAUAAUGAGGGAAUGCUGUCUGUUGCCAAGCCUCUGGACUACGAGGCCACAGCGUUCCACACGCUGCUCAUCAAAGUGGAGAACGAGGACGCUCUGGUUCCUGAUGUCGGCUAUGGCCCCAGCUCCACAGCCACUGUCCAUGUCACAGUCCUGGACAUCAACGAGGGCCCCGUCUUCUUCCCCGACCCCCUGAUGGUCACCAGGAUGGAAAACAUUCCUUUAGGCAGCUUUGUGGCCUCACUCAACGCAACAGAUCCAGAUAUUCUACAGAUCCAGAGCAUCAGGUAUGCUGUUCUGCGAGACCCCGCAGGCUGGCUGAGUGUAAGCCCAGUCACUGGGACUGUCAACACCUCGGCCUCGCUGGACCGUGAGUCUCCGUAUGUCCAUGACAAUAAGUACACAGCUGUCUUCAUCGCCACAGAUAACGGCAGCCCUCCAGCCACAGGUACUGGAUCAUUGGUCAUUCACCUGGAAGACUACAAUGACAAUGCCCCCUUUGUGGUACCGUCUGUAGCGCAGGUGUGUGAAGACGCCCAUGACAGGAACGUGGUCAUAGUUGGGGGGCGGGACAUGGACCUCCCGCCCAACGCUGCACCCUUUAAGAUAGAACUGGGAAAACAGCUCGGCCUCGAUAAAACAUGGAAGGUUACCAGGGUGAACUCCACGCACUCCCAAAUCAUGCUUUUGCACACUCUGAAGAAAGCCAACUACCAGCUCCCGUUGCUCAUCACUGACUCAGGGGUGCCCCCUUUGUCCAACAACACAGAGUUCAAAGUUCAAGUGUGCGUCUGUAAGAAGAACAAAAUGCACUGCAGCUCUGGCCACUCCCACCACGCCAGCCUUCUCGUGCUGCUCGCGACACUCCUGCUCGCCCUUCUCUGCCUGUAGAUUCUGCUGAAACCUCUCGUAGUCCUUUUUGCUACACUGAAAAGCAACGACUUAUCUCCCACACGCAACCCAGUCUUAGGAGAGGAGAAGAAGAAGACGACGAUGAUGAAGAAGCAACGAGAAGACUUUUCACCGCGAAAAAUCAAACAAGAAAAUACACACAAUCCCCACUGGCACAACUGCUCUAAAACACCACUUAGCAUUUCUUUUUCCUUUUUUUAAUAUCUCACUUAUCCUCUCACCGCUCUCGUCUCCUUCUCCUCAUCUUUACUUUCCUUGUUGCAUGUGUCUAUCCCCACUUCGGUCUUCUCUCAUCUCCUCAGGUUUUCCUGACUCUAUUUGACAUUCUUCUCUAUCUUUCCUCUCAACUGUACACCGCCGCCAUCAAUUACACCACUUAUAUUUCCCCCAUUUUCAUUGUAUUCCAUUUUGGCAGCGCACCAUUGCAUUGGCAGACAAACAUUGGCAAACGUUAGCAGUGGUCAUGGCAACGUGCCACAUCCGUAGGAGAUACUUGAAACAACAUGUGUAUUGAUAUUGUAACAAAAGAAAAGCUAUAAAUCAAUUUUGUAUUGGAACUCACUUUAAACCUAUGGUCUUUUCCCACAGUUCAACCAAAACUCGCUGCAUCCCCGGUUUCCUUUUUUUCUCCUCUCCUUUAUUUUUCAACUCUGCUCCAUCCCUCCUUCCCUCACCCUCCCUCAUGCAUAUACAUAAUCCAUCUAUCUUUCUUCCCCGGCUCCCCCGUCUAUCUAUUGACCUCUGUGUCUCUCAGCGGGCCAGGCAACACUGCGAAGGCUGAGCUACUGUCCUGCUCGGGGAAGAGCAUUGACUUUUUGAUGUGUUCCUUUCUUUUCUCGUCACAGACUGUGUUUGAUCUUGUUUCCCUCUGUAAGCGGAGAGAACAAAGCUGUUUCUUUGUCUGCAGUGGUUGUGGUCUUUUAGGACAAGGUGGUAGCCAUAAGCCUUCAAAGAGUCGUUUCUUCGAUUUGCUUGUUUUUAUUGCAUUAGUUGUCAUGGAGUGGAGAACAGUAUAUCUUUAUAGUAACGGUGUAAACCUUAAACAAAAAAGUACUAUUAUAUAAAUAUUUUAUUUUUUACCAUUGUAUAAAUAUACAGUAUUGAUUAACUUAUGUACUUUGAUUGCAAGUUCUUUUGUCACCCACACAGUGAGUAAAUAAAAAAGAGGAAUUCUUUUUUCCUGUGAAUUUUAGGCACUAUUUCUAAUGCUAUUGAUGUGUUGACUAUUUUAUUGUAACAUUUUUUCUUUGUUUUUUUUACCAUUUGAAAUCUGUGGUUAAUUGCAGAAUCCGGAGUCUUGUUUUGAUGGUGCCAUGUGUUUAGGUUCGAUUCUGUCUCUCGUUGAUUCUCUCCUCUCCAGCUGUCAUUUCAAGUCACAAGAAGAUGUGUCAGAAGAAAUCGAAGGCUGUGGUUUUGGUGGAUAGUUUUGCUUCUUUUUCUUGCUCAUCAAAAGAACGUAGCUCGUGUUGGCUUUGUGUGGAGGACCACCGUAAAAAAAAAGAUGACAUUUUGAAUGAGUUACGUCUGUCUUUUGCACUAAUUUAAUAAAGCCGUUACUGAAAAUUC